AUGUCGAAUCCUCCAACAGCUAAUAAGAGAUACUAUGAACUCUACAGAAAAAGUACUGUCGGUGAAGCUUUGACCGACACAUUGGAGGAAUUACUACUAAGUCAAUACAUUAGUAAAAACCUUCAUGACAAGGUCUUGCAUCAAUUCGAUAAGUCAAUGAAUGAAGCAUUAUCAACUAUAGUCAAAUCAAAGUAUUCAUUCAAAGGUGAUCUUCAUACAUAUAGAUUCUGUGACAAUGUUUGGACCUUUAUCAUUGACGAUGCUAAAUUCACAGUUGACAGUGGCGAACCUAUUACUGUCGAUAGAGUCAAGCUUGUAGCUUGUGAUGCUAAUCUUUCUGAAACUGCACCAAGAUAA